ACCCUAUAUUAGGACUAAACCGCCCCCUUUCAUCUUCCACCAACCACAAACUUUAAUGUUUGACCUUCUUCCUCCUCACGGCAAACCAAACCCCAAUCAUUAAAUCUUCAUCUUCAAUCUGCCUCUUACCUGCCAGCCACUUCAAAUCAAAGAUUCUUGAUUUUCACAAACAGAUGAGAUCCAAAAUUUCAUAAUAGUUGAAUCAAAGAUUGGAACUUUAUUGUAUAUUUAUCUUCAUCUUCAAUCUGGUUCUUCUCUGGCACUUCAAAUCAAGAUUCUUGAUUCCCAUAAACAUUAUCAGAUUCACAAUAUUUGACUCCAAGAUUGAAACUUUAUUGUGUAUUUAACUUUGAAGGAACCAUAGGCUUUUUCUUUUCAAGAUUUGAAGAGAGAAAAAGAUAACAGAGAAUAUGGAACCCUCAACCCCACCAUCAUCAUCAUCAGGGGUAAAGGCUAGAGUUUUAGAUAUUCCACUUCAUGGGAUUGGCUUUGAGUUUGUAGAAAUCACACCCCACAAAAUCACUGGUCGUCUUCCUGUGACAGACAAGUGUUGUCAGCCAUUUAAGGUGCUGCACGGUGGAGUUUCAGCUCUGAUAGCUGAGUCUCUGGCAAGUAUGGGAGCACACAUGGCUUCUGGUUUUCGGAGGGUGGCUGGAAUUCAUCUCAGCAUACACCAUCUCAAGAGUGCUCAUUUAGGGGACCUUGUUUUUGCUGAGGCUGCACCAAUCAAUACUGGCAAAAGUAUUCAUGUUUGGGAAGUUUGUCUUUGGAAGAUUGAUCCAUCUAAUGAGGAAAAGGAAAACAAGACUUUGUUAGCAUCAUCAAGAGUUACUCUUAAGGUCAAUAUGUCUGUACCUGAAAAUGCCAAAGAUGCUGCUGUGAAUCUCAAGAAAUAUGCUAAGUUAUGAUCAAGUUUAAUUGAGUUUGUUUGUAAGCAAAACUGUAGAGAUUAACAAGACAAUAAAGCAGAGUUGAGAGUUUUGGUUAUGUAAAACAUGUUGUAAACCCCUUGAUAUUGUCUGUCCUGACAUGCCCUUAAUCCACAUUAUCUGAUAUUUUCUUUGA